AUGGAUCGUUUCGGGGGAUAUGUUGGCUCCACAGCCUGGGCGGAAGAUGAUCUUCAGUGUGAAACCGCUAUUCGUAUCCCCGAGAGCAUUCCCAGAGAGCCGGGGUAUCCCGCAGUCAAGCUCUCAUCGAUAGUCUCGGCUAGUAUUCAGCAGACGCUCAUGGAUAAGGCGAAGCAUGCUACCUGGCGUAGACCUAGGGACGGGGAUUAUGCUCUUCUGUCCAGGAAUCCGGUCUUAUCUCAUGAGUCCGUCCGCUGUGUAAGGAUAAUCGGGUGGGAUAAGCAGUCUAUAGGCGUUCACCCUGAAUAUUGCGUCCCUUUAAAUGUGGAUUACGACGGGGAUGAGGUUAACGUUCAGAUUGUAGAUGGUCGGAAGUGUGAACAGGAGGCACGGUCGAGUAUAGAUGCUAACGUGUUGUCUAAGUUCUCGGAUGAAAAUGUUGAGAGGGUUCUCCGUGAGUUCAGGGGCAAGUUGACGGCCGAUUCUCUGGAAGUUUGCGACUUCAUGACGUUUUCCACGAUGAGUAUUACGCAGGCUGGUUCGAAGAGGCCUAACACGAGUCUCCAUAAGUUGUGUCGUUGCAAGGAUGAACUCUGGGAUAUAAUUGUUGAUGGCAUGGAUAACAUUCCUAAGGUCUAUCUGCGCAACCCGGUUUUCAUGUCACGUACAAAGGUUCCAAAGAGACACGAUAAAUGUAUGAAGCCGUCUGCGAUAUGCAAGUACGUACAUGACUUUCUCGCCGAAGGAGACUACGCAGCAGCAACAUACAUCAGCACAUCUUACACCUUAGCAAUCUACAGCAAAUGGGACGUCCUCCUUAUGGGCAGUCUAGAUUCUUUGGCAUCCCUCUUUCAGCACGUUGAGAUCCGCGAUAUAGACGAGGGCAAGAGCCAAAUAAUUGCCGCUGUACCUAGGGCGUAA